CUUCACGUGUGCCCUGGAAAUUUCGCGACGGAUCACGGACGAAUGGACCUAAGGUUUCAAGGGUUCUGUCAAAGCCAGAGGAUUUCUUUUUCCGACAGGAUUACAACCGAAAGGAUUACCAAAACGCCCCUACAGUCUAAAACCCGACCAGGAGCGUGAAAUUAUCGUUUGAAUUCUUUAUUUUCUUGUGAAACGAGGACCACUACCAGGAAGAGAGACAAAUCACACAAUGUCUGUCGUUGGGUUCGACCUAGGAAACCUGUCGUGUUAUAUCGGUGUGGCCAGACAAGGGGGGAUAGAGACCAUCGCCAAUGAAUACAGUGACAGAUGUACACCGACAGUGGUAUCAUUUGGAGAGAAGCAGAGAUCUAUUGGAACACCGGCAAAGAACCAGAUGGUGACAAACUACAAGAACACGGUGUACCAGUUUAAGCGGUUCCUUGGGCGAAGGUUCCAGGACCCGCAGGUCCAGGCAGAGCUGCAGCAUGUCCAGUUCAGGGCCGCAGAGAUGCCCGAUGGAUCCACGGGGAUGAAGCUGCACUACCAGGGGGAGGAGCAUGUGUUCAGUACAGAACAGGUCACCGGGAUGAUACUCACCAAACUGAAGGAGGUGUCUGAGAUGAACCUCAAGGUCAAGGUGGUGGACUGUGUCAUUUCUGUGCCGUGUUUCUUCACGGAUGCAGAGAGAAGAGCGGUACUGGACGCAGCCACCAUCUCUGGUCUCAACGUUCUGAAACUCAUGAACGACACCACAGCAGCGGCCCUUGCGUACGGUAUCUACAAGCAGGACCUUCCAGCCCCGGAGGAGAAGCCCCGGAACGUUGUGUUUGUGGAUAUGGGCUACAAGUCACUACAGGUGUCUGCCUGCGCUUUCCACAAGGGAAAACUCAAGGUCUUAGCGACUGCGUUUGACUCGAACCUCGGUGGUCACAACUUCGACCUGAGGCUGGCGGAGCACUUUUCGGAGGAGUUCAAGAAGAAGUACAAGGUGGACGCCAAGACGAAGCCUCGCGCCAUGCUGCGUCUGCUGACGGAGUGCGAGAAGCUGAAGAAACUGAUGAGUGCCAACGCCACCGAGAUCCCCAUGAACAUAGAGUGCUUCAUGGAUGACAAGGACGUCACCGGCAGGAUGAAGAGGGGAGACUUUGAGGCGAUGUGUGCAGACUUGUUGGCACGAGUAGAGGGACCUCUCAAGUCUGUGCUGGAGCAAACCAACCUGAAGCCAGAUGCCAUUGACUCAGUUGAGAUAAUCGGAGGACAGACACGCAUGCCGGCCGUCAAGGAGAUCAUCAAGAAGGUGUUUGGGAAGGAGACCAGCACGACCCUGAACGCAGAUGAGGCCGUGGCCCGCGGCUGUACCCUGCAGUGCGCCAUGCUGUCCCCGACAUUCCGUGUGCGGGAAUUCUCCGUCACCGACGUCGUCCCAUUUCCCAUCUCGCUCAGCUGGAAGGCCGCCAUCGACGAGGAAGGGGACAUGGAAGUUUUCACCAAGAACCACGCAGCGCCGUUCUCCAAGAUGCUGACCUUCUACCGCAAGGACCCCUUCACUCUCCAGGCUAGAUACUCCCUGCCUAACGAUAUACCACACCCCGACCCUGUCAUUGGCAAGUUCUUCAUAGACAAGGUUGUGCCCACCCCUGAGGGUGAAAGUGCAAAGGUCAAGGUGAAGGUCAGGGUCAACAUCAACGGCAUCUUCACGGUGUCGAGCGCCCAGCUGGUGGAGAAACUGCCACCGCAGCCGGCCGAAGAGGAGAAGAAGGAAGAAGAGACUAAGAGUAAAGAUGGUAAGAAGAAGAAGAAGCAAAAAACAAAAGAUGUCGAAAAAGCACAAGGAGACUCCAAGGAAGAAGACAUGGAGACAGACCAGACACCAAACGGACCAAGUGAAAACCAGAACGGAGAAACUCCAGCAAGUGAUGAAGAAAAGACGGCUGAGGAUGCAAAGAAAGAGGAGAUGGAAACUGAUGACAAAGACAAACCAGCUGCAGAGGAAACUGAAGACAACUCUCCUAAGAAAAAGGAGAAGAAAGAUGAUGGUAAGAAAGAAGGGAAGGAGCCGGCACCAAAGAAACCUAAGAAACUGGUGAAGAUGGUAGACCUUCCCAUUGAGACGAGUGUCCACCAGCUGUCUAAGGACCUCAUCAACUCCUACACAGAACAAGAGGGUAAGAUGAUCAUGGCGGACAAACUGGAGAAAGAACGACAGGACGCCAAGAACGCAGUGGAGGAAUACGUGUACGACAUCAGAGACAAACUGUACGGAGACUUCGAACCCUUCAUCACAGAAGAGGAGCGGGAAAAGUACUCAGUUGUCCUGGGCAACACGGAGGACUGGCUAUACGAGGACGGGGAGGACCAACCCAAACAGGUGUACCUGGACAAGAUAGCCGAGCUCAAGAAGACGGGAGAGCCCGUCAGGGCGAGAUAUAAGGAGGAACUGGAGCGGCCAGCCGCCUUCGAGGAUCUGGGCAAGAUGCUACAACAGUACAGGAAAGUCCUGGACUUGUACGCACAGAAGGAUGAGAAGUACAACCACAUAGAAGAGGAGGAGAUGAAGAAAGUGGAGAAGGAAGUUUCGGAGAAGCAGAGUUGGUUAGACGGGAAAGCUCAGGCCCAGAAGAACCAACCUCGACACCAGGACCCCGUGGUCAAGGUCUCACAGAUCAGAGCAGAGAUCAAGGCCCUGGAUUCAAAAUGCAAACCUAUCGUCAACAAGCCCAAACCCAAGGCAGAGCCUCCAAAGGAAGAAAAGAAAAAGGACGAGAAAGAAAAGAAGGAGAAGAAAGAAAAGAAGGCAGAAGACGCUCCCAAAGAAAAUGAUGCACAGGAGAGUAACACAAAAGAGGACUCAGUAAAUGGAAACAACAAUCCUCAGAAGACGACAACGGGGAAAGAUGAGGAAGAUCCUUCCAUGGAACUAGACUAGACUAGACAGCACUUGUAGAUUACUACAAGAUAAUAGUAUUACCUUACGAAUCACAGUGUAGAUGCUCAGACAAUGCAUGAUUGACACCUGUCAAAAUGCUACACCAGCCUACCCUAGCUGAGCAUAGUAACAACCAGAAUAUUUUCACUCUAGAAAGUUCUAGGAUCACAGGUUGGGAAACAAAUUGUGAGGGGGCAGGUAGAACAAAGGCUGUACAGAACCCACUUUCACAAAAUGCCAAGGAACAUGCUACAAAGAUUAAUCAGUCCAGGCUUCAGCAUUAUUGUGAGAAGCUUUGACACAAAAAUUUACCUGUCAAAAGUCAAGUACUGUACUACGUAGAAAUUCACAAUAUGGCAGACCAUCAAAGUGCUUGUGUCACGGGCAUAACAGACUUUGUAACGAUAAAAGUUUAAAUGUGUUAGGAAUAUGUAUACGUUUAGAAUGUGGUUCAUGAACAUUGGGUGAACAUGUUCAAAAAUGAUGUAUGUUCCCUUGUAACACAAGUAGUUUGUUAGGCUGGUAAAAUGGAAACUUGUCUGUUGGUUUGCCCUGAACCUUGUAAAAUGCAUUUUGCUGACAUGGCCUGUUCGAGUUUGAGUUGUAUCAAAUUCUCCGUCUUAGCUGCACGCAAAAUGACACGAGUUUUCCCUGGAUAGUCUGAACUACCGACCACCAAGUGCUUUCCCUCCCCCCUCCCCCUGUACAUGCAGUACUGCCAGUAGUGUAGUUUUAACAUGUCUGUUACUUAAGGUCAUCUAACAUGGAUCUGUAAAAAGGUGUAGAACAAAACAUGUAUAAAAGCUGUGCAUGCAUGGCAAAUCGGAAGGUUGAGAAGUUAAUCAAAUCUUAAGGGCCAGUGAAGCUCCUGUGAUUUUAUAGUCUUAGGUUGUUACAACAAGUUAGGGGGUCUAUGUAGGGAAUAUGCCAUUCGAAAGGGAGGAACGAUAAGGUAGGUUUGAUUGCACAUUCGCAUUAUUGUCUAUACAUAAUGAGUAGUGCACAGUAGUAGUGAUUGUAUAAACAAAAUGAACCUGUACAUGUUCAAUGUGUGUAAUGCUUUAAGUAUUGCUCUCGGAUGGCUUUCAAGUUUCAGUCUGUAAGACCUACAGGAGUGCAGUAGUUAAGAAUGAUCUCCAGUUCUCAACCAAAAAAAAGGACAGGUAGGCAACUUUCUCAUAGGGAAUAAAUCCUUUCUGCUACCCAGCUGGUGCCAGGGCACGUCUUCGUAUAUCUGUCUGUGAAGUUCUUCCCACCAGCUGGUCAUAAGUACUGCUCUAUCCAUAACCGUGCUUUAUCCAGGACCAUGCUCAGGCACGUUUCUGGAUGGUCCACACAUAUCCAGAACCAUGCCUUUGGCAAAUCUACAUACCUGGAUACGUGGAGACUAUCCAGAACUGUUCCUGAUCCUAACCCUAGCCCAUUUAGGUAUUGUUCUUGAUACGAGAAGUACUGAGCUCCACUGGUAACUGACACUUACUGCAAAUUUAUUUUUAAGUUCGAGGCACAACUUUAACAACUUACUGCAAGGAAGAGGACACGUUUGCAAACAAAGCCACCACAAUUUCACCAUUUACAUUAGCAACUGUCUAGUAUCAUGUUGGAUGCUCACCUUCUUUGUCAUAAAUUCUGGAGGGUAAGUUUCGUACAAGGACAUGAUAGUGUUACUGUAGAUUUCCCAGCCUGCACAUUCGUAGGUUGUCUGCAUUGUUAGCAUUAUAGUAUGAUACUUGAUUCUAAGCCCAUACCUUGACUUGUAUGUUUUGCUGCUUCCCUUGCAAAGUUUGGAAUAUGCCAUCUCUCUAUGCCUGUUUAUUUACUAUUGCAUAUGCUUACAUCUUUUGUCUACUAUUGCAUAUGCUUACAUCAUAUGUCUGUUUAAGCACUAUUUAAGUUGAUUAGCAAGAAGUCUAUCAUUCCAUGAUUACUGUGGAGAAUGUUAAUAUAUUGGAUAAGAAUAAUUGAGUAGUGCUGUUUGUUUAAAUUCUACACAUCAAAUAAAAAGGUCUA